AAAAAAAAGAACAAGUGACAAUAAAAUACGUUACGACAUUCUCACGGAUCUGAGACUUUCCCCCUUGGAUAUUUUCAGACAAGAAUUUUAUCUAUCUCCUGUUCUUCUUUUGUUUUUCUUUAUCGUCUGCUUGAGCAUUUUGUGUUCUUGUCCUCUCGAAUUCUGAUCCGAUUUUAUCUCUUAUCAAAAGCUUAGCGAUUUUCAGGAAAUUCGAUUGAUCUCUUUCUCUCUUUUGCCCUAGAUUUAGAUUUUUUUUUUUUAUAAUUGGUCUUUCGUUUCAUCGUAAUUCGAUGAGUUUCCGGGUCUCCGUGUUCCUCCUCAUAUGUUCGAUAGCUGGGUCAUGCUUACCUUCCGGGCUCGCUUCCUCCGUUGACGUUUGCGAUCAUCAUGAUGAGUUCAAGGUGUUCCGAUUCGGAAUCGAGAGAAAGUGUCCUCCUUUUCUCUAUCCCAGACCUACUUUAGAGGUGAAUGGAGACUUGCUAGACAGACUCAUGGAUGCACAUAACCUUGGAAAUGCUUAUACUUCCAUACUAUUUUAUUCUUCUCGGUGCCCCUUCUCAAGUUCAGUACGCCCAAAGUUUGAUGCUCUGAGUUCAAUGUUCCCCCACAUAGGUCACCUGGUUGUUGAGCAAUCUCAGGCUUUACCAUCGUACGAACCAACUUCUGCUAUAGAGGUCUUUUCUAGGUAUGGUAUCCAUAGCUUGCCUUCAAUCCUGAUGGUGAAUCAAACACUGAGGAUGCGAUACCAUGGUCAAAAGGAUCUUGCAUCCCUUAUUCACUUUUACCAACUAACAACAGGUCUUAAACCUGUCCAGUAUGUGGAUGAAGCUGAACCAACAAGCUUGGACACCGACGGUAACCUGAUCACGUGGCUACACAACGGGUCAUCUCUCAGAGAGAUAGCAGAAAGAGAUCCCUAUUUGGUACUUGCGCUGUUGUUUCUGUUUUUGAAGCUGGCGAUUUUGAUCUUCCCCAUCAUGGGAGCGCGGUUGAAAACGUUAUGGGCAGCUCAUGUUCCGCAUCUGAGCUUGGGAAUACUGGGUGAGACUAGCCAACUGUUCGGCCGUGCACUGCACAUGAUCGAUGUGAGGAGGCUUUGGAUUAAACAGAGACUCAACAAAACAAGGGACUUCCAAGAGAGAGCAAAGAAUGCACUUGCAUCUGUCUCGCUAGGAAAAUCUACUUCACAGUCAGCUUAAAAGGGUACUGAUGAGCUUAGUUAAAUUACUUUACUUUUUUGUGGACGUGUUUUUUUUUUGCAACUUUGGAGUUCUUGUCUCUGUAUGUAAAAUCAUGUUUUGCUUAUUUGUGAAUAUUAAUCCUUCCUUUCUUGAAUAUUCAUGUUCUGGGUCCACUUCGUUUUCCUUAUACA